UAAACAAACAUAUGAAAUCAUCACAUAAUUUUAUACCACCAAGAAUUCAAAUAAAGAAUCUCCACAUAAUCUAUAAUAUUUCACUCUCCUCCUCUCCAUGUUUCAACUUUUCUUUAUUACUUCAAACUUUUUACUCCAAAACAGUUCAUUUUUAAUUCACUUUGGUCCAUAUUAAGGUCAACUUCUUCAUCAGAUUCUUAGCAUAUAACUCUUUUGCUUCUGUGAAGAAACAUAUACUUAUUUAUACCUUAAAUUCUAUAUAAGCUCUCUCUAGCUUUCUACAGUGAAGAAAGAAAGUGAAGCAAAUCAAUGGGGGCUGAGAAGAAAUUGUUCAGUUUUGCAGAAGUUCAUCCGCACAACGUCGCUGAAGACUGUUGGAUAAUUAUCAAUUCCAAGAUAUACAACGUGACAGAUUUCAUGGAAGACCAUCCUGGUGGUGAAGAGAUUCUGUUGGCCGUCGCUGGGACGGAUGCAAGUGAAGACUUUGAGGAUGCCGGUCAUGGCAGUGCUGCAAGACUAAUGCUAGAUGAAUUCUACGUUGGAGAGAUCGAUCCAUCGACUUUGCCUAAAACAACAUAUUCAAAUGCACCAUCUAAGAACAUCGAGGACAAGUCAUCGGAUUCCAUCACCAAGUUCUUACCAUUUUUCUUCGUCCCCAUAGCCAUCUUUGUUGUGGCUGUUGGCAUUCACUUGUACACCUAACCAGCCCCUAUUUAUGGAUUGAGUUUCAGGGUAUGUGUACAUGCAGUUUGAUAUGGUGGGAUUGUGGAAAGUGUGCUUAACCACCAAAUGUCAUUACAAUUUUCUAGUCUUAAUUUCCUUUUCCAUUAUAAAUAUGAAUUUACCUUUUUCAGAACAAAGAAUGUUGUUGUUGUAUUGUUUGUAUUGACUAUGGAGUUUGCCUC